AUGAAUAAAAAGAGCAAAAAAAAAAAUUACAACAAUAAUAGUAGUAACUUUGGCAAUAACUUUAGCAAUAACUUUAGCAAUAACUUUAACACUAACCUUAGCAAUAACUUAAGCACUAACCUUAGCAGUAACCUUAGCAAUAACCUUAGCAAUAACCUUAGCAGUAACCUUAGCAAUAACCUUAGCAAUAACCUUAGCAACCUUAGCAAUAACCUUAGCAAUAACCUUAGCACUAACCUUAGCAAUAACCUUAGCAAUAACCUUAGCACUAACCUUAGCAAUAACCUUAGCAAUAACCUUAGCACUAACCUUAGCAAUAACCUUAGCAAUAACCUUAGCACUGUCUCUUUCGCCCAUGCUGAGGGUGCUAGUAGGGACAAGUAUAAAAAAGAAGGUGAAUCUACAUUUGUGUACAAGCAAAAUAAAAAACGUAGAAAUGUAUACGUCGGUUAUGCCAGUAACGCAAAUGAUAACAAUGCAUAUGAUAAUAAUGCAUAUGAUAACAAUGCAUAUGAUAACAAUGCAUAUGAUAACAAUGCAUAUGAUAACAAUGCAUAUGAUAACAAUGCGUAUGAUAACAAUGCAUAUGAUAACAAUGCAUAUGAUAACAAUGCGUAUGAUAACAAUGCGUAUGAUAAUAAUGCAAUUUUUAAAAAUGGUAAAAAUGUUGAUGGUAAAAGUGUGAAUGCUAAAAGUGGUAAUGUUAAAAAUAAUAAGAAUAGCAAAAAUGAUAGUACUGGUUCUUUAAAUUUCUCCAACCACUCUCGCUUCUCAAAUUUUAAAGAUUACAUAAGUAAAAAUGCUACAACGAAAAAGAACACAUUUAAUAAUAUAAGAUCGAAUAUGAGCAUAAAUAAUAAAGAAAAUUUAUAUAAAAAAUAUAUAAACAGUGAAAAUGGUAGGAAUAAUUUUAUAAAUAAAAGCCAGAAAAAUUAUAAUUAUGCUAGUUCUCAUUUGAAUAUGUAUGGCAGUUACGCAAAUAAUUUAAUGAAAAUUAACAAUUUUAGUGUUUAUUCUGAAAGUCAGAAGAAAAAAAAAUUAAGAAACACCAACACGGAUGGGGGAUACACAAGUGUUGGUAGUGGUGUUGGCGGUGGUGUUAGCGGUGGUAUUAGCGGUGGUGUUGGCGGUGGUGUUAGCGAAAAUUUUAGUGUUAAUGCCUAUGGAAAUAUCGGUAGAAAUAACGACUUCACAAAUAACAAUAGGCGUAAGGAUAAUGUUGUAAGUAGUAGUAGCUAUACCCGUAACCUGUAUAAUAUCAAUAGUGGACAGAAAGAAGAAAGUGAAAACCAUCUCUUUGACAACUUAACAAGUGAAAGAAUUAAUAAGGAAACAAAUAAAGUAGCGAAUAACCUAGCUAGUAAUGUAGCGAAUAACCUAGCAAGUAAUGUAGCGAAUAACCUAGCAAGUAAUGUAGCGAAUAACCUAGCACGUAAUGUAGCGAAUAACCUAGCAAGUAAUGUAGCGAAUCACCUAGCAAGUAAUGUAGAUAAUAACGUAGCGAAGAGUUUAGUAAAUAAUGAUGAUGUGAAAAAUAGGGGAAACCUACUUCAUGAUGACGUAGGGCAAAUAACCUUCAUCAGCCCCUAUAUGGAAAAAUAUAGUGAUAGCUAUUACAAAGUAAGCAAUAGUAGUACUGCAAAAGGUAGUUUCUUCAUGUGUCAGGAUGGCGUUUACUACAGCACAAAUAAACAUAACAACAACGACAAUAAUAAUAGCAAUAAUAAUUAUAUUAGUAAUAGUAACAGUAAUAGUAAUAGUAACAGUAACAAUAAUAAUAAUAGUAACAGUAACAAUAAUAGUAAUAGUAACAGUAACAAUAAUAGUAAUAGUAACAGUAACAAUAAUAGUAAUAGUAACAGUAACAAUAAUAGUAAUAGUCACAAUAAUAAUAAUAGUAUGGGUAACGCCAGUGAUGGUUUACGGAUGAAACCGAGUGAACACAUUUAUAACAACAACUUGAUGUACAGGAAAAAAUUUAACAAAAUUACUAUUUCGAAUAGUAAUAUAAAACAAGAAAAUAUUGAUACUUCAAAGAAUAAUAGAUAUGCCAACAUGAGUGUUUCGAAGGACUUAAAAAAAAGUGAAGACAGGAUGAAUAAUGUACAUGUACAAAAUAGUAAAGAAAAUAUUGAUAUCAAUUUUAAAAAUGUGUAUAUCCAUAAGAAGAAGAACAAUAUUUACGAGAAUGACAAUAAAAAUUUUUUGGACAGUACACACAUUUAUAAUCUUAAGCCACAUCCUACUCGCAGUGAAGCAGAUACUGGAUCUAACUAUGACAGCGUUGGCAUUGCGCGUAGCGUCAAUAAUGGUAGUAGCACCCACGAUAACGAUUAUUUUUAUCGAAUGAGCAAUAUCAGUAGUUCUAAUGGCAGCAACGCGAUUGGGAGCAAUGCCAGUAGUUUAGAGCGGGGAAACGAUAGAUUCCCACCUGCAAGUAACAACUCAAACCUUUUCGACAUAUUGUCUAGAUAUUUAAGCACGUUAAGCAGUAUAGGGAUAAACGAUUUGAAUGCUGUGUAUAACACUCUUUCUCAAAAUAAAAAUAGCGAAAUGGUAAGAAGCCUUCUGAACAGCUUAAACAUUGGUACAGUUGGUAGCCCAGUUGGUACAGCAACUGGUGGGGAAACUAGUGGGGCAACUGGCGGGGCAACUAGUGGGGCAACUGGUGGGGCAACUGGUGGGGCAACUGGUGGAACAACUGGUGGAACAACUGGUGGAACAACUGGUAGCCCAAAUAGAAGCACAUUCAGUGGCAUUACUGGUGAACGUGAUAGAAAUUAUGGCUACCCCCUUAGUGGAGUAUAUAACCCUAUGCAAGUGCAAGUGAACGCGCCCCACAUAAGCAGUAAAACGAACGUCGAAAACAUACAUAUAUAUGAUAACAAACAGAUCUGUGGUAACGAAAUAUUGGCGAUUUUGAACAAUUUUGGUUGUUAUGAUAUCAGUGCAAAUGAGCAAAGGAACGCAGAAGAAUGUACCGCACAGUGGUCAGAAAACAAAGAUAACAGUUUAAUAUACAAAAAUAGCAAAGUUGAUGGUAGUAGUACACGCGGCAUUUAUAGCGUUAGCAGAGAUGUGUUCCAAAAUGGCUGUGACAACAGGGGUACAAUGGAUAAAAGGAAAAAAGUUGAAAAUGAUGCAAAUAAUGCUAAUAGCAUAUACAACGCUGGUAGCACUUAUAAUGCUGGUAAUAAAACCAUACUGAAGAGUGGGUCCUCCCAUUUCAGUAAGCUUAGCCAGGACGAAGAGACUAAAACAAAAUGGAUAAGCGCAGUAAUGAAAUGUAAAAGCAGAAGCAUACUAAGUAGCUUUCAUAAUAUAGAGAAUAUUACUAAGAACAACAUAAAAAUUGUUAAUAUAUUUAAGUCUUCCCUAUUUUGUAGCAGUAGUUACUAUCGUUAUAAAAAUAUGCUCUAUACAAAUUAUAAAGUAAUAAUUAUGCAUAAUGUGAAAUUUUUAUUUUUGGAAAACCUCUUUAAUUUUCGUCAAACGAAAGUGGAGGAGGAGGAAAAGAAGAAGGAAAAGAAAAAAAGUAAGAAGGUAGAAUCAGGUGCCCAUGAACUUAUUCCAUCAUCAACUAUUACUUUUGAUAAUUUUUUUCUAUUUUUUAAUAAUUUUUAUCAUGUUACAGAAACGUAUAGAAAUAAAAUUUGCUUUUACCUUAUAUAUAAAAUAAUUAUUAUGAGUGAAGAAGAUGAAGAGUAUGGAAAUUACUACAAUUUAAUUUUAAAAAUUUUGAACGAACACACUUUGAUUCUUUUUCUACUCAUACUAAUCAAUAUAAUGAAAAAGUAUUCACUGAAAGGAGCUUAUUUUGUCAAUUUAAUAGAGCGUUUACUUCCUGUUAUAACAAAGAAAGGGGGGGGAGACAGCUCAAAAAAUUAUGUAAAGAAAAAUGCUGCAAAUACUGGAAAUGUCGGGGAACUACGUGGAGAAAGGUUGCUUUUUAACAUUCUGUACUUCAAGCUAUUCCGAUUGAUCUUAGACAAAAUUGAAAGCUACCGGAGUCAAAAGAAGCACCUGUUAUUGUUGUACCUGCGAUAUAUUAAAAAUUUCUUGUUAAACAUAUGUUCUGCAGUCCUAAUAACACAAUAUAUAUUUAUCAGAUGUAUAGACCUGAUGAACAAAUAUAAUAACCAGCAGUAUAUAUUAAUAAAAACGAUAUCAAUGGAAAUAUCCUUACAAUUGUGGAAUAACGAAUUGUUAAAAAUGUAUAUCUUAAAAAUUGGUAAGCCCUUAAUUCGCUUCUUAAUAUUUAUUAGUAACGUUGACUAUGUACAUAAAAAUAUCCUAUCUUUAAUUCUAUCACCUGUAGAAAAUUCUACACAAAUGGAUGUAAAACAUAACCUACUAGCAUCAGAACAACACAACAGGCACUACAUUCAAGAGUGGAAAAAAAUCAAAUAUUACAUGAACAAAUUCUGUCAGAUGAACAAGCUCUCUUUAUUUAUACGACGCUAUGAUGGAGAGGGAAGGGAGAUAAUGGAAGAAAUCUCCCUAGAAGGAAAGGAAGAAAAGGCAAAAAAUGAGGAGCACCUGACUGAAGAAAACAGUGCAAAGGGCAGGAGCGGCAACUAUGCUAGCAGUAAUAUUGGUAGCACGAACCAUGUUAGCACAAACAUUGGUAGCAUCAACCAAGCAAGCAGUAGCAACAGCACACUGCUAGACUGCAUCCUGGAAUUAAAGCAGAAUCAUAAUUAUUUCAAGUUACUACUAUCGCAUGAUGAAAAAAUGUGUAUAAAUUUUCUGCUUAAUGCAAAUAAUCAGAACAAUAGUUUUCACUUUAAUUUAUUUUAUAAUACAUAUAUAGAAAGUAAUCUUCAAAAUAUGAUUCAUGAGAAUAAGUUGGUAUACUACAUUGAGUACAUAAAAAGUAAAAACAACGUUAAGAGGAAAAACUCAAUAAAGAACUUCUUUAAGGAAAAUUUGAAUUUACGCGGAUUAAAAGGAAUAAAAGAAUGUAUACAAUCCAAGGAAAAUGACAAAAAAAUAAAUAAAAAAAGGAAGAGUAACAUGGGAAAUACGUGUAGUAAUCUUUCAAAAAAGACAAAAAUCUGCUUACAAGAAAAUGUGCAUAAUCCAUGUAGCUGUUCUAGUAUAAGUAAUAGUACCAUCUGCUGUUGUAACGUUAUGAGUAACGCACAGAAGAACAGUUGCAGCACUGGAAGUCAAUGUGAUAGUAAUGACCAUGAUGUACACACAAAGGAAAAAAUUAUGUAUGAUUUGCAUGAAGUAAUUAAAGCUAGCAGUUGUGUUCUUUCGAAAAUAUAUUGUUGUCAUAUAAAAUUAAGCUUUUUUUUCAGCAUUUUUUUUUACAAAAGUUAUGAUAUUCAUAAAGUACUGUCCAGUUCUCUAUUUAUCUAUAGUAAGAAAUUUAAAAAUUUUAAAAAAGAUAACCAUAAAAUUAUAAAAUUUAUGAACAUAAACAACAUGACUCACUUUUUUAUCGUGAAAUUUUUACUUAAGCUGUUGAAUGGAGUGCGAAGUUCUCGCUGUAAUUUGAUUUAUGUGAGGGGGGGGGCCAAACAGCAUUUAUCAACCCGUGGCAAAGUUUCGUCAACCCAAUGCACCGCUUCAUCUGCCCCGUGCACUGCUUCAUCAUUUGACUUCACCUCAUGCUACACAUUCUUGGAAUACUCACUGCGCAAGGAUACAAACACGGCAAACACCUUUUUGAAUUACUUGAACAAAAUUAUAUUACACCUUUGUGAAAAAAGAAGAGAAAACAUGGUUCUAAGUGUAAUAAUAACAUUUACAAUAUAUAACUUUAUGAGUUAUACGCGUGGAAAAACGAGUGUAAUUGAAAAUUUAGAAAUUCUUAGUCUAUCUGAAAUAUGCAAUGAUAUAUUUAAAUAUUGUAUCAUCGGUACAUUACUUAAAGAGAAUAAUUUUUAUAUCGAUAGUGAGACAAGAUACAUGACACAUGAUGAUAUAUACAAUUAUGAGUUAAGAAAUCAUUUGAAAAUAAUUCCAAAUAAUAUAAAUAAAGAAAUUUUUCAGUUAGUUAAUUUUAAAAAGUGUAUAUUUGAUAAGGGUAUUUAUAAAAAGAUACAAGUCAUAAAAAUUAUUAAAAAGAAUAUAGUAAACAACUUGUACACGUCAGAAAUUUUAAACUAUAUUUAUUACAAUACUUUAUAUUUGCUUAUUCAUUUCAUUAUGAAUAUACGUUUUUAUUACACUCUUUUUACCAACACCUACAAGAGGAGUGCUCAUUACUUUUGCCCUGACGUUUGUCAUAUUGAGAGGGGAAGCUGCGGGUUUACGGCGAUCGACACUGCUAAUGGUAGCAGUAGUGAUACAAGUGCCAACAUAGCUAGCAAUUCAGACAGUAACAAUAUAGCUAGCAAUUCAGACAGCAACAAUAUAGCUAGCAAUUCAGACAGCAACAAUAUAGCUAGCAAUUCAGACAGCAACAAUAUAGCUAGCAAUUCAGACAGCAACAAUAUAGCUAGCAAUUCAGACAGCAACAAUAUAGCUAGCAGUUCCAACAGUGCCAAGACGUCUAACAAUGUUAACACGUCUAACAAUGUUAACACGUCUAACAAUGUUAACACGUCUAACAAUGUUAACACGUCUAACAGUGUUAACACUUCUAACAAUGUUAACACUUCUAACAGUGCUAAGCAGGAAGAGAAGGAUGACAAGUGUUCAACCGCAUUAACUGUGGACCCUGAUUUACGCGUGAAUGAAUAUAAUCUAGUAGGGAAGAACUUAAGUAUCCCCUCUUUAGACGAAGAAAUGUGCGAUAAAUCUGAUAAGGAAAGGUGCUUCCUCCUUUUGACGCUUAGGAGACAGAACAACAGUUACUUUAGAAAAAAAAUGUACAUAAUAAAAUUUUAUAAUAAUAUUAAGAAAAAGCUAAUAAAAGAUAUGAAGAUAUACACAUUAGCAAGUAGCGUUAAUAAGUACAUAAAAAAUUUGAGUGAAGACAAGCUUUUUUUAGAAACAAUUUUUAAGUACGAUAAUUCCCCCCUGUUCACGCAUUCGCUGGCGCUUCAAGUGCACAACGGGCGGGGGUAUUCCCCUACAUUAGGAAGAGAAGUAAACGAAGUAACAAGUAGAAUACAGAGUAGAGUACCAUACAAUGCUCCAUUUAUUGCACCAUGUAAUGUUCCAUGUCCAGCGGAAGAGAAACGAGUGGGACCCAACAUAUCAGACACAGCUAGGGAAAAAAUACUGGGAGAAGGUAGACCUAAGAAUGAAAAUGAUAACAGUGCCACGUGUUAUAUACAUGCAAAUGGCAAUGAUGGCUGUAUGGUAGACGCUUUACAGAAAAUAGAAAACAUCUACUUCUUUGUUAAAGAGAUUAAUAAUAUGGUUUCUUAUAUUGUUCAUAAUGGAAAGGCGGUUUAUAAUACAGUAGAGUAUGUUUUUGAAAAUUGCAAGUCUCAUAUGAAAAGGAGUUUAUGCCUUUAUUUUUAUUUCUACGAAAUAUCGGAUGAACAGUUUUGCUCAAAUAAAACAGAGGUAAAUAGAGAGGAGAAUGGAAAUAACAUGGAGCAUGGAAAUGCCUCCAGCACCCACGGGAAUGAUACCCUAUGCAUGUUUCACUAUAAAAGAAAGAAGGAAACGUCCAUCGUCUAUUUCAACGAGUUUGUAGAUUAUAUCAUAUGUACAAUUAUGAACAAACGUUAUAAGAAAGAAAAAAUUCUGUAUUGGUCAGAAUUUUUUUACAGUUCAAAAAAUUAUGCUUCAAUAAACUUUCAUCUUUUUUUUUAUUUAUGUUCAUUGAUGAAGAGACUUACAAGAAUGAGCAAUGGAAUGAGCAAUGGAAUGAGCAGUGGGAUGAGCAGUGGGAUGAGCAGUGGGAUGAGCAGUGGGAUGAGCAGUGGGAAAGACCACGUAGUUAAAAAGAAAGUUGAUACAGGAUGUGACAAGGACUUGACCACUACGUGCAACAACAGAACAUCCAUUGAUAUAUUAAAGAGGAAAAUAAAAAUAUGUGAACGCAUAUACCUUUUUUAUUUGUUUAAAAUUUGUCUGCUUUUAAAUAUUAGUAUAUACGAAACUUUUGAUUUUUUAAUUUCACUGAUAAGUAUUUUGUUUAAUUAUGAUUUUUAUCAGUUUUAUAUAAAUAAAAAGAUUUACAGCAUAGAAAAAGAAGAACAGAAGAAUGUUAAAUCAUUUCUGAAGUGCAUAGAGGAAGAGAGAACAUAUAUUUUUUAUAAGUAUGACCACAUGGUAUUCAUGGAAAGCAUUAAUUAUAUAAGUGGGUCUAUAUUUUUAAGAAAGUAUACAAAAACGUUAGUCCUUAAGAGCUUUUGUUUUGUUAAUAUCCUUUUUCAUGUAGUACCGUUGAAGAACAUAAUAAUCGAUAUGCAUGAUAUAAAUUCUGUACCACUUAAGGAAAAAAAAAGGGAAAAACGAAGAGAAAAAAACUUAGACGAAUAUUUAGAAGAAUUUAAAUUGGAAAAUUUUAACACAAAAGAUAAUAAAAAUAAAUUCCUCAAGCUGCGGAUGAAACAUACGGAGCAAAGAGAGAGGGAAAUAAAAUCGCUCACUAGCAAAAUAUGUAAUGACAAACAAAUGAUGCCGACUGAUGAGUUAAAAAGCUGUAGUAAUAAGAACGGCGUUAAAGUUGACAUCCAAAGUGGAGAGAAAAAAGUUGAUCUAGCUCAAGUGCAAAACGGAGCGAGUUCGUACAAUUUAUGUGGGGAAGGCACCGACAUUCUCAGUAACCCAAAGGAAGAUACUGAACAGAAGAGCAGUAGGAGAAUCAAUGUAAAUAAUAAGAGCAAUAGUAAUAGUUGCAAUAGUAAUAGUUGCAAUAGUAAUAGUUGCAAUAGGAUUAACAUCAGAAGUAGUAGUGUUAAUAAGGAGGGAAAUGGAGAAUGCAGAUUCUUCUGUGAGGACCAAGCAAGAGAGUGCACCAGUACACGUAUGACAGAGGAGAAGGGUACAUAUGAAGACUAUGUUACGUCGGACUGCUCAGAAAAAUUUAGCGCAUCAUCUAGUGAUAGUGCUACGAUAAGUGAUCAUUUAGAUAGUUAUAGAAAAUUUGAAAAAUACAAAAUAAAUGAGAAAAAGGAUGAUAUGGAAAAGGUAUAUAAGAGAAAGAAGCAUUUUUGGAUUUUUAAAAUUUUAAAAUAUUUUUAUAUUCGGUCGUUUCUAUGUUUUAGCAAAAGCAAAUCAGAGGAAGAACAUUUUUAUGAAAGAAAGAAACAGUUUAUUUAUUUUUUUUUCCCGAAAAUUUUAAAAAAAAAAGAAAAAAAAAAUACCAAUAAAAUGGUAAAUCAUGAUUUGUAUAUCCUUAAGAAAAAAUUAAUAAAAGAAUAUAAUUUUUUAAAUAUGUGUAAUCAUGCCGUUAUGUUAAAAUGGGUAUGUCUUCGAUUAUUUAUAUUGCAAAAAUAUGAGUACCAAACAUUUAGUUCGUUCGAAAUUUUUGAUUUUAUUUUUAAAAAAUUAAAUUCACUAAAAAUGGAAAAGCCGUUUGUUUUUACCAUAUCCUUGGACACCUUACCACUGACGUACGAAAAUGUAGAUAUAAAGUACGCACUUUAUUUGUUCAUCGAGCGUAUAAACAAUCAUUUGGCCCUUUUGUUUGACAAGUACAACAAACUGUACAGAAAGCUCUGCCAAAAGAGUUCACAUGAUAGUACUCUAGAGGGUAAAGAUGGUGAAGAAGGGAAGAAAGAGCAAGAGAGAGAAAAAUCGAAACAGAAACGGAAUGAAUGUGAAAGUGAAAAAAAAGGCGAAGGGAUAAUGAGAAAUAAACAGGAGGAAAAAAUCGAUCUAGUGCUAAAUCAGAUAAACGUUUAUUUCUCUAAUUUUAUAUUAACAUUUUACCCCCAUUUUUUGAAGUCAAGUUUAUCAUAUGAUAUUUUUUUUAAAUUGUUUAACAUGUAUCUUAAUUUGUAUUUAAUAAGUAAAAAGAAUAAAACCAUUUCGGUAAGAUCUCCUGUGUAUUUAAUUCUUUUAAUCUUUGUUCACUAUACUAACGUGAGUAAAUACAUGAUGUUUUCAUACUUUACUACCCUAAUAAAUUAUUUUAAGUCGACUGAUCCAUCUGAAGUGUUCUGGGUGGACGCGCUAAGUCAUGAAACCGUUUUACUGCUUUGGAGAGAAAGCGUGGAAUAUUUUCUGCAAAACAGCAGCAAGGAAGAAGGGGUUUUAUUUGAUGACGUGCUAGUUAAGUGCGACACGCAGUCAAUUUAUUUGUUUUAUCAGAUGUUAGUUUUUAACGUCAUUUAA